AACUUUAUGUGCUUCCGCCACCGCUCUCGUUUGAGCAGCAGCAGCUGCUACCAAUUGCGCCACCGAAAUGAUUGUCAUUAUCAUAACAAACAGCAAGGUCCAUUAGCGGCGCCUAGGGUUCUCCUCAUCGCAUCGCAGCGGUGAAGGCCUAGGUUCCACGGCGGCUGCGGUCCUAGCACGUCUAGGUUUAUCGGCGGGCGGCGCUAUAGCUUUCUUGGCGCUUUAGUGUCCUAGAUUUUGCUAGUUUUUUUCCUCAUCUGGAGGAAGGGGUGGAACGCGGGUGCAUUCGGGCUCGGAGAAUAUUGACGAAUCUCAAUUGAAGCACAGGGGAGAUGACAGGGAUUUGGAGAUUGUUUGCGUUUGUACUGGCGGUGCUUGUGCGGUGUCUUGGCCAAGAGAUGGAGGCGAAUCAUGUGCAAAUCAAGGUGUUGAAGGAAGAAGAUGAAGUGAUGAAGAUUCGCCCCCCUCCUGAAUUGCCGCCAUGCCGGAAAGGGGUGACUAGGGAUCGGAACAUCGCGCUAGAAGAUUGGAUUCAGCCGCUCAAUAAGUUCAUCGUGCUAAAUUUCAUUUUCCCCAUUUUUAGACUUUUUACUAUGAAAUUUGUUGAUGUCGGUUUGUUUUUUGUUUUUGCUUAUGGUUGUAGGUUUUUUACGUUGACCGAGGGUUCGGCUAGAUUUGAUAUUGUUGGUGGGGGACGGAUCUAUUUUUUCAGCAGUAGAUGUAUUAAGCCCG